GCCAUGCAAUAUGCCGUGACCGAUCGACCGACCGGUAGUAUUGCAUUCGUUUUUAUUGUGAAGAAUACGUCGGCAAGACGGUGCUUCCAGUCGUACGCCGCGUUAUUUUUUUUUUUACUUUAUUAAGUUCCCUUAAAUAAAUGACAAUAGUAGUUUUCAAUUAUCCCCUAGUGUCGUAUGGUGGUCGCACGCUAAGCGAUCUGCGAGCGUCGAGUGGCCGACAAGUUCCAAGGCGUUUUUAUCGCAGUCAGUUUUAGAGCGCGAGCGGGAACGGCCGCGUCGCUGCAAUCUCUGAUCUCGCGUGUGUCGUGACUAACGUGAUGCUAGUGUAAUCGCGCUCAUUAUACUAUAGUGUUUUUUUAUUAUAGUAUUGUCCGAGUGACGUCUCGCUUAAGCAUGCUGAUGGUACAGACAAACGCCCAACCCAUGAAAACAACAAAAAUAAAAGGACCGCCACCUGUACCUCCGCGGCCCAGUCAAAGCAUGGUCGCAGAAGCGCUUGCGAAGACGAGAAAAGCAGUUGCCGAUUCGAAGGCCAAUUUAACUAAGACUAGAACCUUUACUAAGCAUGAAAACCACCAGGUUUCAUCGAAAGCGAAAACUUUAGAUCGAAACAGUACUACUAAACCUUCUGUGUCGCCUAGACAAAACGGUCUAGCACGCGUCAAGUCUUUUAUUAAAGAUGUGAUCAGUGAUCGAAGCUCUUCAUCCGAUGAGAGAAAGUCUAGCGGGCAGAAUUCUAGAAGGAGCUCCAGUGAUAGUAGCUCUGUUAAUUCGCCCUCUUCUACUAAGAAGUCGAACGAAUCCCUAAAUUCUAGAGCUGUAAAAACUUGUAAACAAAUAUUAGUUCGGUCACUUUCAACUUCAAAUAAAUUAGACCAGGAUGCUAAGUGCAAAGUUUCGAAAUCAUCUAGUUUCGCGGAAAAAACAUUUCCUUUACGUAAAGCCCCACCGCCGCCUGUAUCGCCUAAACCUAAAAUUAAACCAAUGAGACCGUCACCUAUAACUAAUUCUUUAAAAGCAAAUAAACCAAAAAUUGAACCGGAAGUCAGUCCGUAUUCGCUACCCUUAGAUGCAGAACCCACUGUUCCCAGAAGUCCGGUUCCCGAAGCACCAUACGCUACUGUAGAAGAAAUUAAUCAUAACGACACUAGAAUAGAUAAUAAAACGCAAAAUAUGAUAAACGAUGACAACUCGCAAAAUAAACAAAUCGAGAACGAUAAUUCGAAAGGGGACGUGAACGUAAACAACAAUAAUUCCCUCGAAAGAAAAACUUCUCGAGUAACGGAGAUGCUGAUUUCUGAGAUUCUCGCCAGUAGAAAUAAUAAUAAAGACGAAGCGAACACCGUUAUAGAUAAAGGCAAGGAUUCCACGAAUUUAACUAACGACUGCGGCUCGCCCGAAAUGGGAAUGAUGAAGGACAUGAAUAAUCACGAAAUGCUGAUUUAUGAGCUGCAAACUAUGCGUUCGCAAUCCAAUCUGCCUGAAGUGUUGGAUAAUGAUAAUGAGAAGAAUGGGAAUUGCGAUUCGGAUUCGGAGGAACCGAAUUACGCGGUGUCGUCCGUAACAAGCGGGAAUACGGAUGACGGAUAUGAUCAAGCAUAUGCUUAUAUCGUUGAUGAUGAUCUCAAAUCUAGACUACGGAAACAGUUCAAAGCGAUAAGCACGAUGUCGCUGCAAGGGUUGCCGCCCUUACCGAAGAGUCUGAGCGGCUUCGCCGAUGGAGAACCCAUGCAGGAGCCUUCGCCGACCAGCGACGAGACCCCACCCACUGAUCUCGAUGGACAACUCGUCUAUUUGAAGAAGGAAAUGGCCAGCCUUCGACAACUGGAUCUCUCUCUGCUCUCCGAGCUGUGGUCUCUCAGCGAAGCGAUGGCGUCCUGGAGGCGGCAGCUGGAGCGGGGGCCGCGGCUCAGGCCCGCCCCACCGCCGCCGCCGCCACCGCAUUAUCUUAGAACCUAAUAAAACAUACAAAAUACA